UCGGCUGACGCUGCCUGGUGGUGGAACCAGGAAGGCGGUGAGCUUAAACUGAAGCAAGGUCGGUGAACGCCGGCGGCGCCCAGAUUUGAAGAAACAUUUCUACGUCUGCGGCGCUUGCAAGUCUACUGGAGGUGUAAGCCCGAAAGCCGGAAUCCAGAAAUGGGCCGCCGGUCAUCAGAUACUGAAGAAGAAAGCAGAAGCAAGAGAAAAAAAAAACACCGUAGACGAUCUUCUUCCAGCAGUUCUUCAGAUAGUAGAACGUACAGCCGAAAGAAAGGCGGAAGGAGAUCAAGAUCAAAGUCAAGAUCUUGGUCCAGAGAUCUUCAGCCUCGCUCACAUUCUUAUGAUAGAAGACGCAGACAUCGAUCAAGCAGUAGCUCUUCUUAUGGCUCUAGAAGAAAACGAAGUCGAAGUCGUUCACGGGGUCGAGGAAAAUCAUACAGAGUUCAGAGGUCUAGAUCAAAAAGCAGAACAAGAAGGUCCCGAUCAAGACCUCGGCCACGUUCCCAUAGUCGAAGCAGUGAAAGGUCAAGUCACAGAAGAACACGUAGUCGGUCUCGGGAUAGAGAACGACGUAAAGGCAGAGAUAAGGAGAAAAGAGAAAAGGAAAAGGAUAAAGGCAAGGACAAGGAAUUACACAACAUCAAACGUGGGGAAUCUGGAAACAUCAAAGCUGGAUUAGAACAUCUGCCACCAGCUGAACAGGCCAAAGCAAGACUGCAAUUGGUUUUAGAAGCUGCUGCAAAAGCUGAUGAAGCAUUGAAAGCCAAAGAAAGAAAUGAAGAAGAAGCAAAGAGAAGAAAGGAGGAAGACCAAACCACCCUGGUAGAACAAGUAAAAAGAGUCAAAGAAAUUGAAGCCAUUGAAAGUGAUUCUUUUGUUCAGCAAACAUUCAGAUCAAGUAAAGAAAUCAAAAAGUCAGUGGAAGCUAGUGAAGUGAAGAAUGCAGCAGCCACAUCAGGACCAGCAUCAGUGGUGUCUGAUCCACCGAGUACUGAGAAGGAAAUAGACCCAAGCAGCAUCCCUACUGCUAUCAAGUACCAAGAUGACAAUUCUCUGGCUCAUCCAAAUUUAUUUAUUGAGAAAGCUGAUGCUGAGGAAAAAUGGUUCAAGAGAUUAAUCGCUCUCCGACAAGAAAGGCUAAUGGGCAGUCCUGUGGCCUAAAGUAAUAUUCAUGUGGUUGAAUUAACAGUAACAUUGGAAAUUUAGGUUUUUAAAUCCUAGUAUUAACUUUUUACUCUUAAAAAUAAUUUAGCUGAUUAUAUAAAAAGGAUAAUCUCAUUUCAUUCUUUUCUCAUGUAGGCUCUACUAGUUGUUGAUUUGAACUUAAUCAAACAUUGUGAAUAUUGAAACUAGUAUAAAGUUUAAGAAUGCAUGAAAAUGUCAUACUGUUAAUAAAGCUAAUCCUAAAAGUAUUAGUAUUAAAAUAAAUGGUAUACAGUAGUGUUUCUGAGUACAAUUUGAAAAAUAUCAAGUUGCUGUUUAAAGACACAAUUUUGAUUGGUCAUGAAUAUAAAAGAAUCAAAAUAUAUGCUGUGUGAGUGUGAGAUUUCAUCUUCCAUGUAUUUUAAAACCAUUUGAAAUGUUUUAUUUCACCUUACUACAAAAUUUUAAGCACAAUAACAAGCACUGUAAACAAUCUAAGCAGAAUGAGCCGUGCUAAUCUUAGAGGAAUAACACAUUUAGUGAAAAAUGUACUUGAAAAUUAAAUAAAUUGAUGGUUUGUUUGAAUUGAGA